GAGCAAAUGUAUUCAUGUUCAGGUAUUCAUGUGGAGGUCGCGAAUUCAACAUCGUCAAAGGAUUUGAAUCACACGAACUCAGUAAAUCAAUCGCGCGGGCAGGCAGUCAAUCAGCGGGGAAACCUAUUGAUUCAUAAAAUCCGCAUCCCACACAUUCUCUCUUUCGUACAUAUACACGCGCCUGCAGAUCCCCCCUCUCUCUCUUAGAGAGGCAGAGAGGCUGACUCCUCCUUCCCUUCCUUCUCUCACUUGUGUCUCCUUGUUGGCGGUACAGUAUAACACAAGCAUACAGAUCAGGGACCGACGGUGGAUGGGGAAAGGCAGUAGCCGCAGCAGCAGCAGUCGGACGUACCGACCGAAGGAUGCUCCAGCACCAUGACUUGCUCGGCGUCAGAUAGCGAGAAGAUCGUCAUCAACUGCGGUGGAAUUCGACACGAGACCUACCGGAGCACCCUAAAGACGUUGCCGGGGACGCGUUUGUCUUGGCUGACAGAGCCCGACGCCUACAGCAACUUCGACUACGAUCCCAAGUCCGACGAGUUCUUCUUUGACCGCCACCCGGCCACCUUCGCCUUCAUCCUCAACUACUACCGUACCGGCAAGCUCCACUGCCCCAACGAUGUCUGCGGGCCGCUCUUCGAGGAAGAGCUUGCCUUCUGGGGCAUCGAUGAGACGGACGUGGAGGCGUGCUGCUGGAUGAAUUACCGACAGCACCGUGAUGCAGAAGAAGCCCUGGACAGCUUUGAGACUCCCGAACCGGAUCCACCCGAGGACGACCCUGCACUCACCGGCGGAGCGGAUGGCGACCUGAAACGUCUGUGCAUGCAGGAGGACGGCCGCAGGGCGACACGGUGGGAGGUGUGGCAGCCCUGGAUGUGGGCACUGUUUGAGGAUCCCUACUCCUCCAAAUAUGCCCGGUAUGUGGCUUUUGCCUCGCUCUUCUUCAUCCUGCUCUCCAUCUCCACAUUCUGCCUGGAGACCCAUGAAGUCUUCAACACCAUCUACAACAAAACAGAGAAUGUCACCGUCGGCAACGUGACACGUGAAGAGAUUGUGUAUGAGGUGGUCACAGACAGCUGGCUCACAUAUGUCGAGGGCGUCUGCGUCAUCUGGUUCACCAUUGAAGUGAUGGCACGCGUUAUCUUCUGUCCUGACAAGGCAGAGUUCUUCCGCAGUGCCCUGAACAUAAUAGACUUUGUGGCAAUUGUGCCCUUUUACCUGGAGGUGGCGCUGAGUGGCCUAUCCUCCAAAACAGCCAAAGACGUUCUGAGCUUCCUGCGUGUUGUGCGCUUUGUCCGUAUCCUACGUAUAUUCAAGCUGACCCGCCACUUUGUUGGUUUACGUGUGCUGGGCCACACUCUGCGUGCCAGCACUAAUGAAUUCCUGCUGCUCAUAAUCUUCCUGGCACUAGGUGUGCUCAUCUUUGCUACCAUGAUCUACUAUGCUGAACGUAUCGGUGCUGACCCAGAUGAUCCAACAGCUGCAGCCCACACCAACUUUAAGAACAUCCCCAUCGGCUUCUGGUGGGCUGUGGUGACCAUGACCACGUUGGGAUAUGGGGAUAUGUAUCCUGAAACAUGGUCAGGAAUGCUCGUGGGUGCCCUCUGCGCCUUGGCUGGGGUGCUGACAAUUGCCAUGCCAGUGCCUGUCAUCGUCAAUAACUUUGGCAUGUACUACUCCCUGGCCAUGGCUAAGCAGAAACUCCCCAAGAAGAGGAACAAGCACAUCCCCAGGGCGCCACAGCCAGGCAGCCCAAACUAUUGCAAGCCAGAUGCCCUGGCAAUGGCGACAGCAUCUCCUCACAGGUUGAUGGGAAAUGUGCUCGGGCCUGGCAUGGUGGGAUCUGGCAGCAUGAUGGGUACUGGAGACUGCCCAUUAGCACAGGAGGAGAUCAUUGAGAUCAACAGGGCAGACUCCAAGCAGAACGGUGAUGCAGCAGCUAACGCUGCGGCUCUGGCCAAUGAGGACUGCCCUACCAUCGACCAGGUCCUGGGAGAUGAGCGUAGCCCGGCUACCGGUGGGCUAGGCUCCACCACCAGCCGUGAGCGCUACCCGCACGACCGGGCGUGCUUCCUGCUGAGCGCAGGGGAGUUCCAGCGCACAACAGACGGAAACGUUCGAAAAGCCACAGGUUAUGAGAAGUCACGUAGCCUCAAUAACAUCUCUGGAAUGACAGGCGUCCCGCUGCGCCUCACUCCCAUCACCAAUUCCACCUUUGAACCCUUUGAGCCGCCUGGCCUCAGGCGAUGUCAUUCACCCAUCCCUUCAAUCUUGUAGCAUAGCCCACAGAUAGCCACCAGAUUUAACAACAACAGCAGCAACAGUAACAUUUAGAAAGAUUUUUUUGUCUGAUUAUUUGUUUUUGCUUUUUUUUUGCAUGGAAAAAAAAGCCUACACACAGGAAUUACAGUUUUUCCAGGCUGCUCUGUCAUUCUGCAUUCAUGCCUUGUGUUUUGUUCUUGAUCUGAAACAACAAUAAAUGCAAGUUCAUGGAGCCCCUAGAGGCCCCAUUUAAUAAUUUCAAGAAAGAUUAGCUGAACCUUACUGAAAUAAAUGUGGCAAAUUUGCCUUACUAACAUGAAUAGAGUUUAGUUUACAGUAGAAUAAUAGAAGAGUUAGUUUACCUCUAGUUUUCCUGUGCUACACCUUGCCUGUACUUCAACUGCACUUGUACAUCAACACUUUAACCUUGGCACCUAAGAGGAGUUAGAAAUCUUCUAAUAUGAAGCCUAAGAAUGCAUACAGUGACACACAGACACCAACAUAUUACAGCAGCAUGUGUGUUUUUACUCCAGAAUAAGAAUAUACACUAGCCUAUAAGUGACUUAGAAGCAAACGUAUUUUGUAUUUAAAUGCCCCUUAAUGUAGCUCCUCUGCAACUUCAAUUUGAAAGUCAUGUUUGCUGUAGAAGGUGAUGUGCUAACACAUCAUCAACCAUUUAAUAUAGCCGAAAAGAGACAGGCUCCCAUAUAUGUCAACUCCAACACCAGCUUCUGAGCCCUUGUGCCCUUUCUCCUGCUUCCUGGUAAUUAAUAUAGAAGGACCUGUUAGUAUGGUGGACAAAGUACUGUGGUUUUUCAUUUGUCCCUACCAGUAAGGAGUUAUAAUGUACAGAUAUAAUGUAUUUUCCCAUAACAGAAUUGUACAUUAUGCUGAUUUAACCAUGCAAGCACUAUUGUGCAGUAAAGCUAGUUACAAACUCAUUAUACAUAAUAAAUGUAGGACAAACAUUAUAGAAUGUCAAGUUUUACACAGCUAAAAGUACAAAGCAGCAGGGACAAGGACUAGGGAUAAGUGCUCCCUGUGGUCUGAAACUUUACACACACACAUAUAUAGAUAUAAAUAUAUCAUUGAUCAUAUCAUAUGAUCUUAUUACAUCUGCUUGAGCCAUCAGAGAUGAUCACUUUCUUGUUUCUUUGUCUUUGUUAACUACUUUCAAAAAGAAAACUACAAAGAAAGCUUCUUUGGGGGUUUUUUCACCAGACUGGGGUCAACGAAUUGACAGGACUGUAAGCUGAUUGUCCCCCUGCAUCACCACAAAAUGCAUGCUCUCAUGUUUAUGUGUAGAUAAAAAGAAACACAUUGAAGCAGUGACUUUUAGUUUGUAGGGGUUAACCCUGACUACAGUGAAGACAUGAACUUACUGGAAGAAAGGAAAGAAAUCAGCAAAUCUUCCAACUAGCUGUUUCUUUCCUUUCUCUGUACGUGGAAAAAUGUCCUGCGAUAGACUAGCCACCUUUCCGGGGUAUUCCCUGCCUCUCUCCCUGUGACAGCUGGAAAAGACUGCAGCACCCCUGAUGCUUAGGAAAAUAGCUGGAUGGAUUUAUCUAUAAAAGCUCCAGACAUUGCAGCUGCACCUGAGAGUUUGAAGCAGUUUUCUUUAGGCUUAUGUUCACCAGACCACCACCAUCACUGCUGCUGCACCAUCACUACUAUCACUGACUCUAAUGUGGCCAGUGGCAAUAUUUUUCGUUUUCUCCCCAUUUCGCUUCUUGUUCUUUCCCUGUUUUUGCCUGUCUUUUACUCCUGAACCCCAUCCUACCCUUCUUCUCCUGUCCUUCCAUCUCUUCUUUGUUUUUGGCUGCGGCUGCUCAGUGGGAGGUACAGUGAACGGCUACUGGAGUGACAGCCCAUGGUAGAAGAAGAGCAGAUGCCAAAAACCACACAGGAAGAAGACAGCAAACAAAGGACGGACAGAGAAAAACACAAUCUAGACAAAGUCCGCAUCAGUGUUUUUAUGUGCAUGCGUGCCCAGACCUGCAGCUACCUCUGUACUAAAGCCAAUAAAUUCAGCAAGGAAGAACAUAUCUCCCCUCACAUGUUCUUCUUGAUUCCUGAUGAAGAUUUUUGUGGAAAAAUUUAUUUGAGUGCAUUUGGUUAAGUUGUAUCUUUUUGAUUCCCCUGUGCCCAACUCUUGCUCUCUCCUUUUUUCUCUCCCAGCAGAAAGUAGAAUAGAAUGUUUCAUUUGUUUACACAUCAAAGAAAAAUCUAAAUGAUGAAAAUUUGCUUUAAAAUUCAGAGAGUAUUUAGAAAAUUGCACCAAAAUAAGUGUACAUUGGGAGGUAUGUCCUUCCUGUUACUUUUUUACAUUCAGACUGUGAGUUACAGAAGGUGAGAGCACUGCUUAUAGACAUCAUUUUUGAAUGCUCAUGUAUGUUUUUGUUUGUUUGUUUGUUUUUUAAACAAAUAUCUUGUUUAUGUUUAAAUGUAUGUUUACUUUCUUGCCGCAGCAGUCUACAGUCUGGCUGCUAAGUUUGGAGCUAUGGCUAGAAAGUCUGAGCUUACCUUAGAUGGAAAGGAAAAUAACAACUCACAGUUUCAUUACCUAAUAUAGUGUGGGAACAUGAUGACAGCUUGUUAUUAUUUUCAGGUUAAUUUUCAGGUUUGUUAGAGGUGUUAACUGCAUCCCAGUUUUGAAUAUUUAUGCUAAGCUAACUUCAUUUAUCACCUGCUGGCUGUUUUUCAGGCACAACUGCUCAAGCUGCCGUUGGCAAGAAAGUGAUGUACAGAUUUGUCCAAAGUGUGUAGCUAUUCUAUGUGUUUUAUGUCAGGCAAGGUUUUCUAUUGUUCCCGUUUAUCCUGAUGCUCAACCCCUCUGUGGUGCAGUAAUGAAUAACGUGGAUAUUUCAGUCCACUGGGGGAUUCAUGAAAACCAGGAACACAUUUACACACCUCAUUUCAUCCUCUCCUUUUCCCAGCAUCCAUUUGUACAGAGUGCAUCUGUCACUUUUCCCCUUUGGUUUCUUUUGUUGUGACAGUGUAUAUAUGUAAAGUUUGAGUUGUAGAUAAACCUGCAUGGGUUUCUGUCACAAUCAAUAAGGAUGCUAAUUUGAUAACGUUUUAGUCUCAAGCCUAAUGGCACUGUCUAGAUUACCACACGUGCGUGGAUGUAUAUGUUGAGGUACUUACAUAUGCACUAACAAAAGCAUGCAACACAAAAAAUGGUCACCUCUGAAUGCAGGAAGAGGUCGAUGGACAUUAUGCAUGACUAGAUGCUACGAUGAUACUGGUCAGACCAGACCAAGUUAGGUACUGUAAUAGGGCAGGGCGAGGGUGGGAAAGUUUAUUUUUGCAGGAUGGGGAGGGGUUACGUCUUCUACUGCUGCUUUCUUAUCACUCUUGAGAGACUUACAAGGUAAACAUUAACAAUUGUAGCUUUUUCUUCUUUUUUUAGCUUCUCCGUUCACAAAGAGUGUUCUGAAAGCUGUGUACUUAUCAGAUAUAUGCAAAAAAGUAACAGUAACUGUGAACUAAUGCUAAAAAAUCCAGCUUCUUCCAUCAUUGUUUCAUUUCCCCCGUUCAUCUUUUCAUUCAUUUGCACCUUAAUUUUGUGUUCACGUCAUGUGUCGUUUCCAUCUGCCCUUUCCUGUUCUGUAAACUGUAAUAUGUCCAAAAGACACGUCUCUGUAAUGCAAUAAUUCGCUGCACCUUCUGAACAAAGAGCAAUUCCUAAUUAUCCAUCUUUCCUUCAGCAGCAUACAAACAAUUUCCUUCUUUUGAUGUCCCAGUGACCCGAUGUCCCUUCUUUCUUUUCCCAGUAAAGAGGAAAAGAAAGUCCAUGAAGCCAUUCCUGUCAUAGAAUCCAUAAAUAUAUGGAUGUGAUUGGUCAAAAGGGCCACAUCUACAGUCAGUCGUAAUCAAUCCUGUACCCUAACACAUGCAAGAAUCCUAUCAAUAUAAUUUAGCCAAGAUGACAAAUUUUUAAAAAUGAUGGAGAUUUAUACUGGUCUUAGGAAAGUAGCUCAUUGUAUCUUGUAAUGUAUAGAAGCCCUUUGUUUUUCUGGAUGAACCACAGACUAUUUGAUUGCUUCGUUUUAAAAGUCUCAAGAUUUGUGAAUUCCUAGUGAGAACCAUUAUUGCUGGAGCAACGCUCAAAAGUUAGAGCUUGAAGAGUGUUUCAUGUGAAUUGUCGCUGGCUUUUUCUUUGUGUCAUGUUUGUGAUCUGCGUUUCCUCCAUCUACUCAGGUAUAGCUCUCUUAACCUGUGCCCAUCUGUAUCUGGUCGCCCAUGCUUUCUCAGAUAUGACAAACUGAAGGACUAGAAAAAAACUCUGAAAAAGGUUUUCUGUGAAUACCAUGUGCUCUGUUUUAGGGUUCCUUCUACAAAACUGCUGUCCUUGCUUUGUUUUUCCGAAUGUGCUCCCUGUCUUCUCCUUGUAUUUCUCCUCACCUUUCUUCUCUGUCCCAGUAACUGUAUCUCACUUUCUAUGGGACACCAUCCAUCCAUUCUUCAAGCCAGAAAACUGAAGCCAAAAAGGAAAACGUGUAAAUUAGAGCACCUUCGCAUUGGAAAAACAAAAACUAUUGGCCUGACAGUGGACUUCGCUGAGGAUGAAGAUAGGAAUGGACAAUAAAAAGAAUAAAAAAAGAGGGUAAUGAUAUGUUGUAAACAGAUGCAGAUGAACAAAUGUGUUGAAAACUCGUGUCCUGAGUGGAUUGUCAGCUGAGCAGCAUCAAAGAGAGGAGAUGGAGGAGGAAAAGUUUGGGCAACACAGAAAGUGUUGGAGGAGGAAAGAAAGAAGCACAAAUCGCUUCUCCAUUGCUGAGUUUUUAACAAACUCACCCAUUCCUCUACAAGAAGAGGAAAACUAUUAACUGUAAACUGCUGCUCGUCUGUCUCUGCUGAUGGGAUUCACCGUAGAAACUGGGAGGGAGAUAGAGAGAAAGAGAAGAACAACAAUGGUGUUCACAGUUCCAUCAUCACAUGCAACCUAAUGGAGAAUGUGGCUGUUAGUAAAUGUAAGCCAUAUUAACUUGGAAGACCAAACAAUUUCACAUCCUCUGAACUGAUUUCCAGAGCGAAUGGCUACAUAGAUUCUCUCAGCUGAGCUGCCAGAGGGCUUCCUGCCCGAUGGUCUUGUAUGUGGAAACCUCGUGUCUUCUGGAUGUCUUCGGUGUUUUAGUCACAAUUUUAUGUAAUUUAGUUGUCAUAUUGCUUUACUUACCUUUUUUUUUUUU